UUGCUUGGCAACCAGUAGUCGAUAUCUAGAACGCAGUGAUUAUAUGCUCUUUGUCGAUAUCAUUCGAUACUUCUUUUGCAUUGUGCAUCAGUUUUAUCGCGAGGACUGUGACCCUCAUCAACUGAAAUUAUCUUCUUAAAUCUCAAAAGUAUCAGACGCCACAAUGGGGCUGAUGGAGAAAGUGUCGAGUUGGUUGGGUGGACGGCCGCGCGUGACGGCGCCGGUGCUGGUGUUGGGGCUGGACCGCGCCGGCAAGACCUCGCUGCUGAAGGCGCUGCGCCCUCCGGACCCCACGGGGGCUGCGCCCGCGCCCGCGCCGGCUGCCGGGCUUACGCCGCAGAUAGAGCACUUUCAGAGUGGAGGAGUGUCGUUCAGCGCAUGGGAUGUGUCGGGCGCGGCGCGAGCGCGUGCGCUGUGGGAGCGCCACUACAGGCGCGCGCAGGCACUCAUCUUCGUUGUUGACGCCGCCGAUCAUCUGCGACUUGUGGUCGCCCGAGAAGAGCUAGAGCUCGUGCUCGCGCACCCGGACAUGAGCGCGCGGCGCGUGCCGCUGCUAGUGCUGGCCAACAAGUCGGACGCGCCAGGCGCGCUGCCGCCGGACCGGCUGGCCGUGGCGCUGUGCCUGGAGCGCGUGCAGGACCGGCCCUGGCACGUGUGCGCCACCAGCGCGCGCGACGCCUCCACGCUGCACGACGGUAUCGCGUGGCUGGCCAGACAGGUGCGUGAGCUGCACACGCCCGCGCGUGAUCAUUGAGCGACAGUGAUCUUCGCUUCUGGCGGCACAUUGAUUUGCAGUGGAACCACAAAAUAAUAUAUAAUUACGACGACAACAGUAUUAUUGUUUCAGCGAUAUUGCUGCAGCGUUGGAGCAAUAAAGGUUACAUUCGGAUUUUGACAGCACCAGUGUUAAUGCCGCUGUAUUGUUGUAGCAAAUUUCAACAUCCUGGACUUCAACAUUUGACAUUUUCUGAAGUAAUGUAGUCGGUAGAAAUGCUGCCGCAGAUGGUGUACAGUGCAGCCUCACCUGCGUUCACCCCACACGCUCUCUCAACGCUGCAGUAACGUCGGUACAUUAGUAAUCCGAUGGCCACCUUAACCUUUUGAACGCUUUAUGUCAUAAACACAAACAUCACUCAAACGCCAAGUUUCCAGGCGCAAGCGAGCUAAUAUAAACCUUACUCGAAAGUGUGAAGGUUACUUUGACAGCGUCCAUCAUAACACCUUGGCGCUGUGAACAUGACUAGUAACGACGCCUUUAGGUGUUCUUGCCGUUCAAAAGGUUAAAGGUUAUACCUAUAAUUGGACAAACAUCUACCCUUAAUGUUAUGUAAGCUACAGAUUAUUUUUUCUCUGAUGUAUUGUCUGUUGGUGAUCCUAAAUAAGAUGGUUAACGUAGCUGAGUUAUCUAUCGGAACAUAUAUUGAUAUUGGCGAUUAAGUUUGUGGUUCUAUGCAUCUGUGAUAUUGCAAUUUGUACUUACACUUUUCUUUAGCGGUUUAUUUCAACGCUUUAUUUUGUAAAGUUACAAUCGAUAAUUUUAUUGUAGUUAGUCAUUUAAAAUGUUGUGUAAUGUUGAAUAUUUUAUGUGUACACAUAAUAUAUCUAUUGUCUUAAAUAUGAAAUAUAUUGCAGUCAUAUUAAAAUAUGCAAAAACGAGUA